AUGAACUUAACUUCAUUGCCUGUACCGUCCAGACAAUCAGCGUACGUUUUCCUUGUUCUGUCUUCCAUGCUUGCGGUAUUAAUCAUAACAGGAAACUCGCUUGUUAUCGCUGCAUAUCGAAAGAACACCCGCCUUCAAACUCGCACCAAUGUCUUUAUUGUGAGUCUAGCCGUGUCGGACUUACUCGUCGGUGGUAUUUCCGUGCCGAUAUGGACAUAUCUUACGUUCGUUAACUACGAGCAAGAUCUGGACGGUUUCUUUGAGUUCUUCAUAAACUUUGACCGGUUUAGCGCUUUGGCGUCCAUUUUCCAUUUAACUGCCAUCUCGCUUGAACGAUACAUGGCAAUCUCAAGACCUUUCGACCACGGGAUGCGGUCGUUUCGCUUCUACAAAUACAUGGUGAUCUCAGCCUGGAUCACAGCUGGUGCAAUGACGAUAUUGUCCGUAUUUUCUAAGUUGUUUGCUUUCACUGCCGUCAGCACUGUCAUCGUGUUUACAUUCGGGUUCCUAUUACAGGCAGUUUUAAUGCUGACCGUGUACGUAAGAAUCUUCAGAACAGCGCGAGCCCUUAUCGACAGAACCCCCAAUACCCGAACGGAGGAAUCGAUACGAAAUCGGGUACGCGAGGAGCGCAAGGUAGCCUUGACAGUGAGCGUUGUUACCAUUCUAUUUCUGUUGGCCUGGUUACCUUUCUUUGUCAUGUCCAUGCUUGGGCAAUUUUGUAUGCAUUGUUUUCCAGAAGGAGAUGCUCAAAACACGCUGGUGACUUUUGCAAAAUGGAUGCAUUAUACAAACAGUGGUGUAAAUCCAUUGGUAUAUGCGUUUAGAGAUAAAGAAAUGCGAUGCAGCUUUAUGAAACUUAUUAGGAUCCGUGGAAGUGAACAAGGCGGGCUUCGGCGAUCACAUUUUGCCGUCGAAUUCAUGUCGCGAUGA